AUGGCUGCAGCCCAAGGGUCUCUUUCUGCUCAGCUGAGGCUAGGAGAUUUCGCCUACUAUGGCUACGGUGUUCGCCGCCGCAGCUCCAGCAUGAAAUACCCGAGAGACUUUGUGGAUGAGAAAGGCGAGUCGUUUGACGGGUGGCUUUUUCAGCCCAAAUUAUGGCUUGAGGAGGGCGUGAGGGACUUUGCUGAGGCUGCAGCACUUUACCGCAGUGUUGCGGACUCCGCCAACUGGGGCCCUGCCCUAGCUGCCAAGGUAUGUCUGCAGCAGCAGCAGCAGCAACAGCAGCAGCA